CCGAAUCAGGCGCGAGUUCCCGUUGCAACCCUCGUGCCAGAAGGUGGCGAAGAGGCCUCGGGGACGGCUUCCUCCCCCCUCCCGCCAUGAAACCGUGGCUGUUGCUCAGCCUUCUGCUCCUGCAGCAAACGCUUCAGAGUGCUAUUGGUCAACCUGCAAAGGGCAAACGUCCAAAGGAACCUGGAGAGAACCGGAUUAAGCCCACUAACAAAAAAGUAAAAGCCAGAACUCCCAAAUUAAAAGAAAGAAACUCCACUGACUCUUCCCCAAAGGCCAGCUCCAUAAUGACACGAGUGAUGGAGAAGGGCCACUUCCAGAAGCCCACGGCUACUUUAAGCCUUUCAGCAGGUCAAAGUGUAGAGCUGCGGUGUAAAGGGAAUAGGAUUGGAUGGAGCUACCCUCCUUAUAUUGACACCUUUAAAGACGCCCGGCUUAGCAUCAAACAACAUGAGAGGUACAGUCAGCUGAUCCUGGAAAAUGCCACUGCAGCAGAUACUGGUGAAUAUAGUUGCUGGCUGCUGCUAUGCAAAGGCUACAAUUGUAAGAAGGAUGAGUCAAAAACAGGCUCCACGUACAUAUUUUUUGCAGAUAAAGAAGAGUUCUUUGUUCCUGCUCCCAGCUAUUUUGAAGUAGUCUACCUCAGCCCAGAUAAACCUGCUGUGAUUCCCUGCCGAGUCACCAACCCAUCAGCAAAAGUAACUCUGCACCAUGAGUUUCCAGCAGAAGAGAUCAAAGUAGAUGGAACCAACAUUAUCUAUGAUGCUAAGAAGGGGUUCAUCUACCAACACCCAACCUCAGAUCAGAAAGGCAUAGUUUACUGCAGAGCUGAAUCAGGGGGAGCACCUCAGAUUUCUAUUAAAUACCAAUUGCUUUAUGUAGAAGUUCCUCAUGGACCUCCUUCAAGUACAAUCAAAGCAUCAGCCACUAAAGUAGAAGGUGGCAGUGAAGUUAAUGUUUUGUGCACAGUUUUGGGGCAGCCAGAUGUAGAAGUGGAAUUUAAUUGGAUAUAUCCAGGGCAACAGUAUAAAAGGCCAGUAGUUAUCCAUGACUCUUGGAGGCUGAUUGAUAGAGGAACUGGUCAUACUACAAGGAUCUCCGAGAGCAUGAUCACUGUUGGAGACCUGGAAACCACUGAUGCUGGAAACUACAUUUGUAUUGCUCAGAACCUUCAAGGACAAACUACGGUAGCUACUCACAUUGAACUGAUCUGAGCUCUCCAGGCAGAUAGGACAAGAAAUGAAACAAGACUGCUUCUGACCAGCUUUAAAACUGGAACUAGAAAUAUGUUGGACCAAAAUCUUAAUAUAUUACAUUUUUUAUCAUAUAUGAAUUAAAACCAAGCAUAUCAGUAUGAAAGAGACUGGCAACCAACGAAGUGCAGGAACUUUGAAACUAAGCUGCACUGAGGAAACUUAAUAGUCCAGAACUUGCUUCUACUCUUAACUCCCAGGAUUGUUUUAGAGAUGUCGCCAUUCGGCAUCAGUCUUUGCAUAGCUCUUGCCGUAUUUUCAUUAUGGAAAUGUUGACCUACUUUACAGAGUUUGUUGUAAAGGUUUACACAACAAUAUAUCACUACAAAGCACUGAACUAAGAAUAAUUUCGUGUGUGUGUGUAUAAAUGAUAUAUAUUCAAACCUUUUUCUCCAACUUUGAGAGUUAUUAAUUCUUAGAGGAUAAUGCUAAGUAUACAAUAUUUUAGUUAUCUUCCUUCUCCUGUUUUGCAUCAGGAAAAGCAAGAGUAACACACCUGUAAGGUUUAUCAAUAAAUAACGUGUCUCUUAAUAGUUUAUUUCCUUUGUAAAUAUAUCUAUCCAUCGCCACCCCUCCCUAGCAGAAUUUGUUCUUACUUAAAAUUGCUUUUAUAUUUUAUGUUGAAGCCAUAGCAUAUAUGAAUUUUAAUAUGUCAUGUUGGAUAGACUAGAUGAUGUAG